UGGAGGGUUAAGAUCCAUUCACCAGGGAUAGAUUCAAACUCACACAAUACUGAGUUUUGUGUGUUUCAAUUUUUAUGAAUGGUGAGGAAGAUGAAAAUGGGUGAUAAUUUCCAAUAUUAUGGUUUAUUUCAUUAGUUUUGCUAUUUUAUAUUCUCUACUUUUUCUACAUUCAAGUGAUUAAAGUGGUUUUCGUUUUUUCUCUUCACAUCAUUCAAUAGUGGGAAUAGUGCAGUGAAUUUUUGACUGGACAACAUCGGUGAACACAGGUAAUACCUGUGUUGUGUAAUUGUCUUAUUUUUGCUCUUCUUAUUUUUUUCUUAUUCUUCUUUUUUUGCUGCUCAUCUUCCUUUAUUUGUUUGUACCUCUUUCUUUUCUAAUUUGUGCACAUUGUUAUUUCGCCAUGUCAAAUGUAAGAGCAGAAAUACUUGCUGCUAGCCGUUCCCGGACUGGUUGGCAGAGGCAAGUUUCAUAUCCAAGCAAUCAAACUAAACCUAAGCCCAUAAUUGAUUCGUUGAGGAUGUCAUUUGAGGAGAAGGUAUCUUCAGGGUGUGAAACAAGUAACCUUAAAAGCGGUUAUAAUGGUAAAGAUCAUCAAGGAGAUAAUAAAGGUUCAUCAACCAAAGAAAGACGAAUGGGUGCCAAAGUUAGUGCCAUUGCUAUUAUAUUUCAAUCACUCUCACCUCCACCGCCAUCAACUACAAUAGGAUCACCGAUGACCACAUCUAACUCAAAUGUAACUGCUAAUAAUAACAACAACAAUAUCAGUAACAAUGUCAAUGGCUCAUCGAUUGUAUCAUCUUCAACUUGUGCUAACAACGUGAAGAACAAUGAAACCAAACUCAUUUCUACUGGUAUCGAAAGCAAACAAUCUAGUGAUACGAUUAAAUCGAAUGGUUCACUUGCUAAAAAUAAUAAUUUUUCCAAAUCAAACGAUGAUGUUUCUAAAAAUGAAUUACAAGAUGACGUUUCGCCAUCUAAAAAAUUCAACUCUAAUAUCAAUAGUGCUUUCCGUUGUAAAAGAAGUUGCUCUCUUCCAGUCUCACAAGAUCCAGCUUCUAACCUUGACGGUAAAUACUUGAAAGAUACAGUGGAUGCUAGGUUUAAAGAAAAUGAUCUUAAAUCAUCAAAUAAUUCUGGUGAUAAGCCCACUAUAACUGCUAAGCCAUCUUCAAUCAAAAUCAACCGAACCGAAAGUAGAGUUAGCAGGUUCAAUAACGCACGAGCUGUUUUCGAGAAAUUACAAACUUCAUCGGAAAGUACAACACCAACUACACCUCCAAACAAUGGACCAACUUUACUGAAAACAUCACGAUCAAAUUCCCCUAAUGGCAGCAUUGAAAAAAUAUCUUCUAGAAAAACUUCAUUAUCGGAAGAUGAUUUAAAGGAAAAUGGUAUGAAUGGUAUUAAUUCCGUAAACCAAUCCAGACAAGUAGAAAAAAUAGAGAAAAAGUUACCAUGUGAAUUAUCUAGGAAAAGCACAACACCAUCAGUUAUCGGAGCAACUAGCAUAUCUUCAGGCAGCUUGCAUCAAAAUGUCACAAAUACACUGAUUGAUCCUGUACAAAGACCAAAAGAAAGUCCACCUCCUAAGCCAUCUUAUGUAUUACCCUCUAAGGUAAAAGAGAUUCAACGUUCAGUCUCAGUUCCAACAAAUGGAACACCAACAUCCAGCUUAUUAAAUAAACAAGCACCGGCAGCUAAAUUAACUGAAGACUCUUUGUUUACCAAGAAACGUACUUCCGGUACCUUGGAUAGUUUGAGAAGCGGGAGUGAAGAAAAGCCAAAACAGGCUCAACCACAACCACAACAGCCUAAAAUUGUAACAACAUCAGUUAAACCUGUAGAGCCACUCAUCAUUGAUCAUAAGACAAGUGAGCCGGUAAGCCAAGAGAAUGGUAAACAAGUAAGGUCACAAUUAGCUAAUGAGGAUAAGUCAAAGAUGACUUCUAAAGAAGAGUUGAUUGAGAAAAUGAUUGCAGCUAUAGCCGAUGACUCAAUGGUUGUAGAAACUAAACUAGAUUCAAGAGGUCAACCUGAACUCGAUUUAAGUGCAUGUGACACUUCAGGAAUUUCCCAAUUUAUGGAUUUCGAUGAUUGUUUUAAAGAUGUUGACAUGAUGACCGAAGAGGAAGCUGAGAAACUUUUAUCACGCAAAUCUAGAUCAACACUCCAUGCAGAUCUGGGAAAUCGAUUAAAUGCCAAUAGCAGCUCAACACCAGUACAAAUACCAACACCAGCACCAGCACUCGCACAAACACAAGCACCAGUAGCAGCAGCAGUAGUAUCAACACCAACGCCAAAAUCAGCGUCAAUUGUCUCAUCAAAUGUUAAUACCAACACUCUUGACAAUUUGCCUCCUUCAUUACCUUCAUCUGUUACAAGCUCCUCUGCUGUAUCACACCGAGUUACUGGACCCUCUGUAGCUCCAGUACCAUCAAUGAUAACAAACAUUGCACCGGCCAUUUCAUCAUUAACACGUAUAGAAACAACAAGCACGGGUAAUUUUGAUGAAAUGUAUGGAGGGGAAGCAUCAGCUGAAGCUGAUCUCAAAUCAUUUGAAAAUCAUUCAGAAAAUUGUAUAGUUUACGAAACAAACAACCAACCUGAGAGUCAAUUGAUUCCAGAUAGUCAUUACUUCUCAGAAAAGCCUGGAUUACCACCCGAAACAGAUGAUGCCGAUGAUGUUUAUUCCAAGGUGCCUAGAAAGAAGCCAACCCGAGUGAAAUUCAGUACCGAACCCAUUAAAGUGUUUCCCACACACGCAGUUGAAGAUUAUGAUCGUCGUAAUGAAGACGUUGAUCCGGUAGCUGCUUCAGCUGAAUAUGAACUUGAGAAGCGCAUUGAGAAAAUGGAUGUUUUCCCUGUUGAACUUGAAAAAGGUCCAGAUGGUCUAGGUUUGAGUAUAAUAGGAAUGGGAGUCGGUGCUGAUGCUGGUCUUGAAAAAUUGGGCAUUUUUGUUAAAACAAUCACCGAGAAUGGUGCUGCUCACAAGGAUGGAAGAAUUCAAGUUAACGAUCAGAUAAUCGAAGUUGAUGGCCUAUCCUUGGUUGGUGUCACUCAAGCUUAUGCAGCCUCUGUACUUCGUGGAACCAAUGGACCAAUCAAGUUCCUCAUUGGUCGGGAACGGGAUCCAGAUAACAGUGAGAUCGCUCAGCUGAUAUUACAAUCAAUUGAGGCUGAAAAAAGGCAGCAAGAACAACAAAAGGUUUUACAUCAACAAUUGGCUCAACAUUUUCAACAACAGCAACAAUUGCAGCAGCAACUUUUACUUCAAUCACAACAAUUUCAACAAGCCAACAAUCAGACUGAAUCACAAAAAUCAUGUAUUGAACCGAGUCCACCUAAUAAAGAUCUUCCUGACUCACCAGAACCUGAGCCUGAACCAUCACCAUCGCCAACUCCUUCACCGGAAGUUAUAACUGAAAUGCUUUGGGAUGUAACCUCCAAAGAUGCUGGACUAUUGGAUGGUAAUAAAGUCCAUGAUGCAGGUUUAAUUGCUCGCCAAGAUUAUGACAAAUUAAGGGAUGAGGUUGACGAUUGGAAAGCAAAGUAUAGUGCAAUAAAUGACGAAUUGACUAAACUCAGAGCCAAAACGGAUGCCAAGUGUUGUGCUUUACAGAAGCAACUUGAAGAUACUCAGGUUAAACUACAGGAGAGUGAAUGUUCAUUAGUCAAAGCUCGACGAGAAUUGGAAGAGUCACAUCGUAUGGUGGAAGAAGCUCGCAACGAAUAUGUUCAAUUAGAAAAAAAGUAUCAUAAGGCGAAAAAGCUGAUUAAAGGUUUCCAACAACGUGAUAUUGGUUUGGAGAAACGAGAUGAAGCCAGGCUGAUGGAAGAUGGCAGGGAAUGUGAUUAUCCGUCAAUAAUCCGAACUCUUCAAGGUAGAAUUGAAUUUCUUGAAGCUAAACUGGAUGAAAUUCAACGUGCAAGUGGAAUUGAGAUUUCCAUUGAUAACAACUGCAGUAAUGACGAAUCAGUAGGUUUCACCAAAAUGAUUACUGGUAUGUUGAGAGGCAAUAAUGAAAGUAGCAACCAAAGGGAAUUAAAGUUGAACCAACAACAAGCUUUUGCUACUGGUUCAACAGCUUUUGGAAGCAUGACCAGCACUGGAGGUAGUCUUGCUGAUGAACCACAAUCAAUCAGCUUGGAGGAAUCUGAUGAAGAAUCUGAUUUGUUGAUUCUGCCUCCUGCAGAGUUAUUGGACAGUCGAGCAGCUAAAGAAAAGGCUGAACUCGCUUCUAAAGGUAGUUUAGCCAAUCGUCAACCACCAAGUAUGAGAAGGCAAUCAUCUUAUUGUUCAAUGGAUGGUAACAGUGAUUCAAGUUCACCUCGAAGAGUUAAUAGAAGAUCCGAGAUGAUUAACCAAGGAAGGUCAAGGCCACUUUCAGAGCCUGUUGGUAGACUAGAUUCAGAUUGGCUUGGACCCGGUCAAUUGGGGCCAAAAGAAUCAUCAACUAAAUCACUUCGAAAUGAAGAAGAUCCCAAUUCAUCGCUCAUUGAAAGCUCUUGCUCAGCCCCAGCCAUAAAUUUACAAUCACUCUCACCUAUAUCAAUGCUAUCUUCUUCAUCUUCAUCAGCUAGCUAUGCUAGUAGCCCAGAAAAAUCCUGUGAUCCCUCAACAAAUCAAUGUAUUUGGAGUGGCAAAUUGGUUACCGAAUGGUCACCAGAUGAAGUUUCUGAAUGGUUGAUUCUAUUUGGUCUCGAUUAUCUGGUUGAAAAUUUCCGAAAUCAUUCUAUCUCUGGUAAAGAAUUGAUUCAGCUUGAAAGUAACCAAUUGAAGGCUCUCAAUGUCACCAAUCCAAGAAAUAGAUCUUUUCUCAAGAAAAAGAUUAAGGAACUUCGCAUGAAUUUAGAGGGAAAAGAAGAUGGAAGGGAGUGAACCUUUUUGAUAUUUGGAUAAACACUCACUCAACUCAAUCAUCUGAAUAGAGGCAUUCCAACAAUGUCCUAUUAUUUUACAUCAUUUUUGAAAAUUUUCAUAUUAUUUGUCUGCUGAUUAAUUAGAUUAACUUGAUUUAAAGCGCACCGAGGAAAAGAAACACUCUUGGAACCUUUCUAUUACAUCAAGAAAAUCAGCAACCACAUUUUUUUCAUCAUCAAAUUUACCUUUCACUAUUUAAGUCAAUCGACAAGAAUGGGGAAAAAAUUGAUUCAUUGUCUUGGCAAAACCUUAUUCUGUGUUGAUUGCUACGAACGAUUACCAUGCAACGUUUCAAAACACUUCAAGCUUGAAAAGAGAUUUUUUCAGUUUCUCAAUCAACUCUAUAGUAUAAGCUAUUAACGCUUAUUUUCAUAGCUGAUCUUCAUUUAUCAUUAUCAUUAUUAUUAUUACAAUUAUAACUAUUACUAUUAUUAUUAUCACUUAUAAUUUCUACAUCUCUUUUCAUCUCAUAGCUUGAUGUGUCUAAGGAAAUGCAUGUUAAUCAAAUUAAUCAGCAAAAUCACUCAUCUAGUCCACUAUUUAAUCAAAUUAUGUAGCAAGGCCACAUACUCUCAUUUUUAUCUUUCCUCUUUUUUUCACUUCUCAUUGUUUUUGUAUACAUUCCUUCAUGUUCGUAUUUUUCUCACUCAAAACUAAAUUGUGAUCAAUGUGAAUUGUAUUUCUUAUGUUUGACAUUUGGACAAAGUCCUAAUCACAUUCAAUCCUCAUAAUCCUCAGAACUCCUUUUUUCCUAUUAUCUUACAAACUACCCUGAACCUAAUUUUUAUCAUCACUCAUUUUCUUUUGUAAUGUUUUCUUUUUUUCCUCUCAACUCAAAUUGAUUGUCACAAGUAACCUAUCAAUUUAUUCAGGUCUAUUUAAUUUGUAAGGACUACAAUUGCUGUAGACACAUUAAUUUUUACCUUGAUAAUAAUUGACCAUUUCAUUCAAAUUGAUAAAGAACAAAUUUCACACCAAUUUGUACCCUUUCACUUUUUUUCCGAAACAAUUUUAUUUCUCUCAUUCUUCCACUUCUUGAUCCUGAACAUCCAGAAGGGAUCUCAUGAGACUUCAAUUUCUAUAUGAAAUAAAAUACAUUGUAACAUUUUACUUGUCUAAACGAUUCGUUCAUUAUUUGAAUAAACUUUAUUAAUUGGAAA